CCGCUGGACACCAUGCACACGGAUGUGGUGCUGCUCAACCUGCUGGUUUGGAUGGUCGGUGUGUCCGGGCAGACGCGUCCGAAAGGUCAAAUACUGCAACCAUACAGUCACCUCAGAUCCAGAAGAGAAAAGCCUUUGACAGAAGAACCCCAUCGUAAGAUUUGCAGCCCCAUAUUGAAGAGGAGUCCAGAUAUAACUAAAGCCUGGGGUACAAAGACAGAGCACCUGCUGAGGAUAGAAGACCAUGACUUUACAAUGCGACCAGGAUUUGGAGGGCCUGCGGUUCCAGUUGGAGUGGAUGUUCAGGUUGAAAGUUUGGAUGCAAUUUCAGAAGUUGAUAUGGACUUUACUAUGACCCUGUAUCUGAGGCACUACUGGAAAGAUGAACGUCUGUCCUUCAGAAGCAACACCAACCAGAGCAUGACCUUCGAUGGUCGCCUGGUCAAGAAAAUCUGGGUUCCUGACAUGUUUUUCGUCCACUCUAAGAAGUCCUUCACACAUGACACCACCACUGACAAUGUCAUGCUGCGGGUUUACCCAGAUGGCAAAGUCCUCUACAGCCUCAGGGUGACAGUCACAGCCAUGUGCAGCAUGGACCUGAGUCGCUUUCCACUCGAUACGCAGACGUGCUCUUUGGAGAUAGAGAGCUAUGCGUAUACAGAUGAUGACCUGAUGCUGUACUGGAAGGAAGGGAACAGGUCAUUAAACACAGAUGAGAGAAUUUCUCUCUCCCAGUUCCUCAUCUGGGAGUUCCACACCACCACCAAGCUGGCCUUCUACAGCAGCACAGGCUGGUAUAACCGUCUGUACAUCAACUUCACUCUGCGGCGGCACAUCUUCUUCUUCCUGCUGCAGACCUACUUCCCCGCCACUCUUAUGGUCAUGCUGUCCUGGGUGUCCUUCUGGAUCGACCGCAGGGCCGUACCUGCCAGAGUGCCGCUGGGUGAGAGUGCUUGGCUGUAGUUAGCUAUUUGGUGCAGUGGUUGCAGUCUUAGUUCAUAGUUUCCUUUUCCUAACUGAGGCUCAAA